GUGGUGGCAUGAAGGGGGGACCUGCUCCAGAAUUGGGUUGUUGCCACAAGACCGAGCCCCUGAGGAGCACAGGGAGUUCCCUGUCCCCCUGCCUGGACUUCCAGUCCUGCCAAGACGACCAGGUCUUCCCAGCCUGCAGGCCGCUUCCAGACACAGUGGACAUCCACGGCCCAUCCUGUGCCAGUUGGCUGUGCCCCCUGCCACUGACACCAGCCAGGUCUGCCUUGUUGGCCUGCCCCCGGAGCCUGGAUCUCUGCCUACAGCCGGCACCCCCAGGCACAGCCCCACAGGGCCUCAGAGAGGACUCCCAGAACAGGAAGCGCCAGUCACCAGGGCCACAUGCCAGCUCCACCGAUGACGACAAACUCACAGCCACGUCCCCUCUGAGCAGGGAUAAGAUGGGAAGCCAGCAGGAACGAGCUGAUGAGGAGGCCCCCUGCCCGUCCUUCUCUCCCCACAACAGCUCUUCCCCAAACCCCUGGCAGAAUGGAAAGUGCUCCAGCUCCUCGGCUUUCUGCUCCUGCCCCCCACCCAUACCCAUCUCCAAAGAACUCCCGUUCCUCCUUCACCCCCUCUGCCCUGCAUAUCCACUUCUGCCCCCACCUUAUCUGUUCACUUAUGGGGCCCCUUCUGACCAAUGCCACCCUUUCUUCAUGUUGCCCCAAGAUACCUCCUACCCCACCAGGGCUGUGCCCAGUGUGCUGAUGAGUGUCAGUGAGCCUGGGCACCACAGCUCCUGGGGGGAGACCCUGCGUCCCUACCCAGGGGCCUCUCAAGCCUCUGGUCAAAUCCCACUGUCCCAGGCCCCGAUUCCAGGCCCUGGAGCUGCCAGGACCUACUCCCCAGCGCUGGAGCAUGCUGGCAGGGCGGCUCCAGCAAAGCGAGCCCCACUGGGCUCCCGAGCAGCCCUGCCUUACCCGCUGAAGAAAGAGAAUGGCAAAAUCCUGUACGAAUGCAACGUGUGCAGUAAGAGCUUCGGGCAGCUCUCCAACCUCAAGGUCCAUCUGCGUGUACACAGCGGGGAGCGGCCGUUUCAGUGUGCCCUGUGCCAGAAAAGCUUCACCCAGCUCGCCCACCUGCAGAAGCACCGCCUGGUGCACACUGGGGAGCGGCCCCACAAGUGCCUGACGUGCCACAAGCGCUUCAGCAGCUCCAGCAACCUCAAGACACACCUGCGCCUGCACUCAGGGGCCCGGCCCUUCCAGUGCAGUGCCUGCCCGAGUCGCUUCUCCCAGAACGUUCACCUGCAACUGCACCAUCGGCUGCACGCUCCACUGCCCUGCAGCCUGGCUCAUACCCACCUACCUCUGGCAUCUCUCACCUGCCUUGCCGGGUGGCACCAAGGGGCACUAGAUCUUGUGAUGGUGCCAUCAGAGAGGCAGGUAGGCCAGGAAGCUGACAAGAUUAAGGUGUCCUCAGCAUCGGGGAAAGCAAGGGCAGCCAGCCUGAGCAGUGGUGUCCUUCAUCUCGGCUCACCGAUGGACAGUCCAGCCUUCCAGGCCUCGGCAAGAGCGGAUCCGGGUGGGCCCGGCGGCCUGAAGCGGUCAGGUGCCCCGACGUCCCGAGCCCGGGGCCUUGCCCUCGCCAUGGCCGAGCGGCGCGAAGGCCUGGGGCUCCGCCUGGUCCGUCGCCUGGCCGGGUUAGGGGUGCGCCGGGGGAAGCGGACCCCGGAGGAGGCCAGAGCCCGGGAUAGGCCCUGGGGUGGCCAGAGUUGCCCUGACCUGGCCCAAGGCCAGGGCAGCACUAACAAUGUCAGCCUCAAGACCCAAGCCCAGAGCCGCUCAGAAUGGGACCUUCAGGAAGGGAGCCGAGGUUCCUGGCUUUGGAAGCGACGACACGGCUCAGGAGGGCUCGCUCAGCCCCUGGGGCGCCUCCAGAGGCCAGCUGUGGGCAGCGCCUCUGACAUGGCCAACUAUCCCUCCAUGGAGCUGGAGGGCCCCGCACUGGCAGCAGACCCCGCUGAGGUCCCUCUGAAUCCUGAGCCACCCAGCACCAUGGAAGACAUGCCGCCCCGCCCAGCAUCCUUUCCCAAGGCAGAAGGAGCAAAGGGCAAGCCUGCCACCCCAGGGCCAGCACUGCCAGAGCCAGCCCAGGUCCUACCGGAGCAAACCUCUGCCAGGAAGACCCGCUACCACAUCACUGUCAUCCUGCAGGGGCGGGCCCCGCCCCAUCACGGGGUGCCCAACUGA